AUGGUGCUGCCGACACGAACUUCGCCGCUGCCGGACGUGAUGGCGCCGACAAAGUCGUCGCUCAUGCCCAUGCUGAGCUCGAGCGGUCCGGCCGCUGGCUGGUCCGUCGUGGACGUGGACAUUGGCAGGGCCGCCUGCACGAGGUCGCGCUGUUCCCGGAGCGCGACAAAGUCGGGGUUCUCGAUGCCGGCAGCGGCCGCGUCCGCGUCGGUGGCUCGACUGCGCGCGAUGGCGCCGAUCGUCAUGAGGCCGAGCAGCCGCAGGUGCGGGCACUCGUCGACGAUGGUGCGGCACAGCGCCACGGUGUCGUCGCCGGGCGCACAGCCCGACUUGCUCUCCUCGCCGGACGUGUUCACCUGGACGUGCACGUGGAUGGGCGGCAGGACAGACGAUGACGACGAUGAUGACAAUGUCUGCUGCUCCCGGACAAAGGCGGCUCGAGCGGCUUCCAGCAGCUUGGCCUUCUUGGCCGAGUCGAUGCUGGAGACGCACCACAAAUUGGGGAUGCGGGCGAGGCCCUUGCAGUGGCCUAUCUCAUGUCAGCAUGAGAGGAUGGGAAGAACAGAGGAUGAGAUGCUAAAAAGUAAAGAAGCGGAAGAAAAGAAAAGAUCUCAAUCUCACCCGACUGCAAGCCACCGAUAA